AUGGCGCUGCUCGUGUCCCCCGCGACGCCGCGAAGUGUGGCAUCGACUGCGCUGGAUAGCGAGGAUUCGGAGACAGAGCCUCCUGCACCACUUGCACCUUCAACUGCAGCGCCUGCCGCGGGCAGCGCGGCGGAUGCGGCUCAGUCAGGGACCAUUGAUGUGGCCUCGGAGAGUGAUGUGGAGAUGACCGAGCUGAAGGAUGCCAAGGCUACGCCUCUCCACCAGGCCGCGGCGCGGUCCGGGGGACGGCAGAGCUCCUUGCUGUUUUGGACUUCCAGGGCUGAGGGGCCGCCCGGCAAACGCUUCAAGCGCCUCACCGCUUCUGAAGCCACGGCACGCCGCCGCGACCGCCGCGAGCGCAACACCGCGCUGCGCUUCUGGGAGAUCCGGCUGCCACCGCCGGUGGUGGGCUAUGACCACCAGGUUGAGCGGCUUUGCUCCAGCAGCAUCGUCAAUGGCUUGGAGGCUUGGUUUCCCGUGGAACCACUCCCCUCGCAGCUGCAACUCCUUUCAGCCGCGGUGGAAGCGAUGGAGAAACGCACGGUGGCAUUGCUGGAAAGCCCCACCGGCACGGGAAAGACCCUGGCACUCCUCACUUCAUCCUUGGCCUUCCAGUGGAGGUGUUUUCAAUCCUGGCAGCAGCAGGGGCAUCACCUGCCACCUGCACCCGCCAGCCGCUUGGGCAGGAAGGAUGACCAAGCCGCGCCAGAUGGGCAAACCGGCACGGGGGGUGGGCCGGAUGGGCCAGCCGCAGUGCCUCGAGUGAUUUGGAUCGCGCGCACGCAUGACCAGUUGGAGCACACCAUCCGCGAGCUUCGCCGCCUACCCUACCGACCGCUCGAGUCCCUGCGCAUCUCGCGCGAGCGUUUUUGCUUGCACCCCUUCGUCCAGCAGGCACAAGACAAGUCCACGGCCUGUGAGAUGGCCACCAUGACGCGGCACGGCAAUGCUUUGGGAGGUGGCAUGUCAGGCUGUGUGCACCUGGACAACGCCGAGGCCAUCGGCUACCCGACCAUUGCAGAGCACCGCGCCAAGUUCGAGGCUGGUGGCACUCUGGCGGUCUACGACAUUGAGGAUUUGGUGAAAGAGGGCCAUGACACGCAGACCUGCCCGUAUCACGCGUCGAUGGAUUUGACGGGCGAAGGUGCAGCCUUGAUUCUGUGCACCUAUCCGCAAAUCAUGGACCCCUGCGUCCGAGAGAGCAGUAAUUUCGAGCAAGUCCUGCAAGACGCGGUCGUGGUGAUCGAUGAAGCACACAACUUGCCUCAGGUGGCGCGCGAUAGCGCAAGCUUUCGCGGAAGUGUGGUGGACUUUGAGCAACUGAUUUCGAAGCUUCAGGGCUUGGCAAAAGCCACGGCAGAGCCUGAGGCUGUGGAGCUUGCUGAGAAGGUUUGUGGUGCUGUGACGCGCCUGCGAGAUUGGCUGAGUACGUCCGCCGCGGGUGGUGAUGCUGGACCCAUUCGACUGACGCCCAUGGGCGACGAGCUGCGAGAUGAAGGCGGUCGGGGAUGCUUGGUCUUGGUGUCGCAGAUUGCGGGUGUGGGCUCCGUGGCCGAGGCCCAGCGUCUCCUAACGAUGCUCCGCGGCCUUCGGCGGCGCUUCAUCGAGCACGGUCUGGAAGGCUGGGCGGUACGCUCUUCAGCAGUGAAUGAGAUGGACUCCUUUCUGCGGAAGAUGUCACUGGUGCUCGAGGAAGCAGGUCGAGGCAGCUAUACCUUAGUCGUCACGAAAGCCGGCUUCGGCCAGCGGGGACGUUUGGCCAUGGUGGCUCUCAGUGGCCUGGUGGCCUUUCACAACGCAGUGGGCCACUGCCGCGCGGUGCUUUGCGCCUCCGGCACCCUGGCACCUUUCCCUCUCUUCAAGCGCGAGCUGGGGCUGGAGCUUGAAGGAGCAGAGCCUACGCUGUUCUCCAGCCGAGUUGUGGCAGAAGAGAUCGGGCAGUCACCCCACGUGAGCCGGAGGCUCAAGGUCUUGGCCAUCAAAGCCGUGGAGGGCCAGAAGCUACUGGAAGGUCGAACCCAGACGACGGAGUUCGAUUCGCUCAGUUCCACUCGCAGCUUUCGGGCCCAGCAUGGGGCUCAGUAUUUGUCUUCCUUGGCGAAGGUCCUUCAGUUGCUCCUGCCAGCCGUGCCCCAUGGCAAGCUCAUCUUCUUUCCCUCGCACGAGCAGUUGGCCGAUGCGGUGAAUCAUUGGCAGCGCCUGGCGCUGCUGCAGCGCGGCGCUGCCGGCGGCUUCGAUCGUUUGGGUGGCAUCCCGGUGGUCAUUGAGACCUCCGGCUUGAGCAGUGAAGCUGCAGCUGCUUUGGUGUCACAAUACCGGCAGCUGGCGUCCAAAGACGAAGGCUCCAUCCUCCUGGCUGUCAUGCGUGGCCGCUGUGCAGAGGGCGCUGAUUUCAAGGACGAGGCCGCCCGCGCUGUGGUGGUUGUUGGUGUGCCCUUUCCCAGUAUGGACACUGAAGUGCGCUUGAAGAUGGAGUACGAAGGUCGACAUGGCUCUGCAUGGUACGAGGCUGAAGCUUACCGAUCUGUGUCGCAGGCUGCGGGGCGACUGUUGAGACACCAGUCGGACUACGGAUGCCUGCUCCCUGACCAGGAAAAAGAACCUUUUUGA